AUGGGAAAGAUUGCUUCAAUCGAAUAUUUCCGCGUCCCUCCUCGCUGGCUCUUUGUCAAGAUCACCGACGAUGCCGGCAAUGUGGGGUGGGGUGAGGCAUCACUUGAGGGGCACACGCAAGCUGUCGAGGGGUGCUUGGAUGCUUGGAUCUCGCAGUAUACAGGCAUGGAGGCCGACGAGAUUGAGCAGAUCUGGCAGAAAUCUUGGCGCAUGGGCUUCUACAGAGGUGGACCGGUCUUCAUGAGCGCGUUAGCUGGCAUUGACAUUGCGUUAUGGGAUCUUAAAGCCCGCAAACUCAACCUUCCCAUCUACCAGCUUCUGGGUGGAAAGGUGAGAGACAAGAUCAAGGUCUACGCCUGGAUCGGAGGAGAUCGGCCAUCAGACGUGGAAGCUGAAGCAUUAUCCCGUCGUGCGCAAGGUUUCACUGCUGUCAAGAUGAACGGCACAGAAGAUCUGGGCUGGUUAGACUCACCAUCAGCCCUUGAUGCCUGCGUCGAAAGGGUCAAGACCGUGAAGGCUCUUGGAAUGGACGCUGGAGUCGACUUUCAUGGUCGUGUACACAAGCCCAUGGCACGACAAUUGGCAGCACUUCUUGCCCCCCACCGGCCAAUGUUCAUCGAAGAACCUCUUUUAUCCGAGCACAUUGAAGGCAUCAAGGCCUUUUCGCAGACUGCUACCUGUCCCAUUGCACUCGGAGAGCGACUGCAUAGUCGUUGGGAUGUAAAGCCCUUCCUCGAAGCUGCAUGUGUGGAUAUUCUGCAGCCAGACAUCUGCCACGUAGGAGGCAUCUCAGAAUUGCGACGAAUUGCGGCCAUGGCCGAGACCUACGAUGUCGCCAUCGCGCCUCACUGCCCUCUUGGGCCAAUUGCUCUGGCGGCCAACAUCCAAGUUGAUGCUACGACGCCUAACUUUGCGAUUCAGGAGAUGAGUCUGGGGAUUCACUACAACACGGGAGGACAUGAUUUGCUCUCUUACAUCAAGAAUCCUGAGAUCUGGAACAUUGAGAAUGGAUACAUCGACUUGAUGAAGGGACCUGGCUUGGGCAUUGAAGUUGACGAGGAAAAGAUCCGGGAACUUAGCAAGAAUGCAGAGCCAUGGGUGAGCCCAGGGUUUGUUGGCCCGGGAGGUGAAUGGAGAGAGUGGUAG